CAAUUUUAAUUUAGCCUUUCCUCUCUCUAUUUGAAAGCCAUUCUUUCCGGCAUAUCAGACAAACAGGGGAGCUAGAAAUUUAGAUUGAAAAAUCUAACCGUGCAAGUUGGCUCAGAUUGCCUGAUCGGUUCAACAUGGCCAUGUAUAGUGGGUUCAGUGAUGGCGAGAACCACGAGGCCGCCGCUCGACGGAGCAUACCGCCAGCUUCGUCGCUGCUUUGGGUCCGAAAUCUUCGUCGAUAUAUCGGAUCCGGUAUCGGACUCGGAUCCGAAGAUUCGAUGGAGCUUGAGACAAAGAAGAUAUUGCUUGAUUUAUUUAAACAGAAGCAGCAGAAAAGUGCUGGAGUUGGUACAAUACCAAGUUUCUAUAAGAAGAAGCCUGAAGAAGGAUCAAUCAGUGAUAGGGUUCAAAGGUUAGCAAAAUAUCGAUUUUUGAAGAAGCAAUCUGAUAUUUUGCUAAAUGCUGAUGAUCUGGAUACCAUGUGGGUUUACUUAAGGGAAAAUUGUGUUAUCGAUGAUUCCACUGGAGCUGAAAAGAUGAACUAUGAAGAUUUUUUCCAGAUUGCCUCCAUAUGUACAGAACAAAUAGGUGCAAAAUGCCGUCGCUUCUUCAGCCCAUCCAACUUCAUGAAGUUUGAGAAAGAUGAGUCAGGGCGAAUAGCCAUUUUGCCCUUCUAUCUUUAUGUGAUGCGCACAGUUUCUCUUACUCAGGCUAGAAUAGAUAUGAGUGAGAUUGAUGAGGAUUCAGAUGGUUUCCUCCAACCUCAUGAAAUGGAGGCCUAUAUUCGUGGUCUUAUUCCUAAUCUGGCACAACUACAGGAUAUGCCUGGCGCCUUUGUUCAAAUGUACUGUCGCAUAGCUGCACACAAGUUCUUCUUCUUUUGUGAUCCUCAGAGACGAGGAAAAGCCUGUAUAAAAAAGGUUCUUCUAAGCAACUGUCUCCAAGAAUUAAUGGAACUACAUCAGGAAAGUGAGGAAGAAGUCACUGACCAUGAGCAAGCUGAGAAUUGGUUUUCCUUGACAUGUACGCAACGCGUUUGUGAUAUGUUUCUUGCCCUUGAUAAAGAUAUGAAUGGAACACUGAGUAAGCAGGAACUUAAAGAAUAUGCAGAUGGAACGCUAACUGAAAUUUUCAUUGAAAGAGUAUUUGAUGAGCAUGUCCGCCGUGGCAAAACUGGUGCCGGAAAUAAUCGGGAGAUGGAUUUUGAAAGUUUUCUUGACUUUGUUCUGGCCCUCGAGAACAAAGACACUCCGGAAGGAUUAGCAUAUAUAUUCCGUUGUCUCAAUCUUAAUGGUAGGGGAUUCCUCACAACAGCAGAUGUUCAUUCUCUUUUCAGAGAUGUACACCAUAAAUGGACCGAAGGGGGCAACUACGAGUUGUGCAUCGAGGACGUGAGGGACGAAAUAUGGGACAUGGUGAAGCCGGUCGAUCCGUUGAGGAUCACGCUGGCUGACCUCGUGGCUUGUAAACAGGGAGGCACGGUGGCGAGCAUGCUGAUAGAUGUGCGAGGAUUUUGGGCUCAUGACAACAGGGAGAAUCUUCUCCAAGAAGAGCCUGAACUAGAAGCUGAAUGAUUACAUAAAUUUGACAACAAAAAACUGUCAAUAUUGUUUCAACUUUUUUUUGGAAGUAACGGAAAAGUUAUUCUUUAAUAAGUAUUUGGGAAAAGGGUGACGUAUAAAAAUAGAUACUCGACUAUAAGUUGUUUUAUUGAG